AUUGUUUGGGGCUUAAUGUGAAUAUUCUGAAAAUUGAGGGACUUAAAAAGAGGGAAAAGAUUUGGAUAAGGAUCAAUUACUUUUUUUUCCUUCUUUCUUCUUCCUCACCCGCGCGUCUGCUUUUCUUUUCUUCUCCCUGCACCGAACAACAAAGCCCAGCUACCGGUGACAUUUUCCCCUGAGAACCGAAUUUCCAGAUCUGCUCUGCUCCUCCUCCUCACCGCCGGCUGCUCCUGCUUUGUGGGGGCGAAUUGCUCGGUUUUUUGAUUGCGUGAAUUCCCCCUGCACUUGCCGCCGGCUUCUUCCCCCAAACUGCAGUCCGGUUGUGCUAGGAAAAUUCUGAAUUUAUAAGGCAUCCAUGCACUUGUUCAUUCAUUCAUGAUUCGUACAUCCAUUGGAUGCUUAUCCGUCUUUGAUAGAGUUCAAGUUUUGUUAGUGGCGCAACGGAAGCGUAGUAGGCUAGGUUCUGAUCAUGGAAAGUUGGUGGAGCAUUUGUUUUGUCUUGGAUUGGGUGAAGCCAUUCACCAGUCUAAAUGAUCCUCAAUUUGAGUUUUGGGCACAAAACUCCUUUUUUAAGAGGGGUGAAUGUAAUAUCCCAAAUUUUUGAGAACUUUAUUAUAUAAGUUAGGGAAUUAUUUUGGAGGAAAUAUUAUUGUUUGGGGCCUAAUGUGAAUAUUCUGAAACUUGAGGGACUUAAAGAGGGAAAAGAUUUGGAUAAGGAUCAAUUACUUUUUUUUUCCUUCUUUCUUCUUCCUCACCCGCGCGUCUGCUCUUCUUUUCUUCUCCCUGCACCGAACAACAAAGCCCAGCUGCCGGUGACAUUUUCCCUUGAGAACCGUUUGAAAUUGUGGUGGUGUGGUAUUAAUUCUUGGGUAUUUUGAUUAGGUUCCUGAUCGUUCUGUCAGUUUAGCACUGGGAUCGAGUCUUCGGUUUUAUGUGAGUGAGGAAGUGAAACCGAGGACGGGGAAACCACGGGAAGCGACGAGUUAGAAGGCUAGCCAUUUCGAGAUUGAUAUAGAUUUUAGAUAUAGAUCAUGAUCUUGUAAACAAGAUUUUAAUUGGAGAUUUAUAAAUUCAUUUAAUGGAUUGUUAGUUACAAGAGAUUUGACCGAGAUUUUGAGUUUAAGUCAUGUUGGAUAUAGAAUUAAUUUGAAAUAUAUUAUUUAAGUUAUC